CGUUCGGUGUUUACGGUUUGUCAAGUGAGAUUUCAACCAGGGAUGCCGUCGCCGGCGAUUUUUGUGUGAGACAGGGUCAUUAUCGUGGUGCCGAUGGUUAUCGACGAUCGACAGCGACCGUUCGAGCGUGGCGCGAUGCCGGCGAUCUCGGCCGGCUUCGGCGAGCACAUUGAGGAAUACAAAGUGUUGAAUUUAUUGGGCAAAGGUGGCUACGGAAGCGUCUAUCGUGCAAAAUGUCUCCGCAGCGGCGUAGAAGUUGCGAUCAAAAUGAUCGACAAGAAAAUGAUGCAGGUUGGUGGGAUGAUGGAUAGAGUUAGACAAGAAGUAGGGAUACAUAUACGAUUGAAACAUCCAGCUAUUCUGGAGGCAUACACGUGUUUUGAAGAUGCAAAUUACGUGUAUCUAGUUUUAGAAUUAUGUCAUAAUGGAGAACUUCAACGUUAUCUCAAAGCACAAGGAACUAAAACUCUAUCCGAAGAACAUGCUGCCUACAUAUUCAAACAAGUAAUACAGGGUUUACUUUAUCUCCAUUCCUAUCAAAUAGUUCACAGAGAUUUGUCAUUGUCCAAUUUACUUUUGACUAAAGAUAUACAAGUGAAAAUAGCGGAUUUUGGAUUGGCCACACAGAUGAGUAAACCAGAUGAAAAGCAUUUGACUUUGUGUGGCACACCAAACUACAUCUCGCCCGAAAUUGCUACGAGAUCUUCACAUGGACCGGAAACAGAUGUAUGGAGCUUGGGAUGUAUGUUGUAUACUUUGUUGGUGGGCAAGCCACCGUUCGAGACAGACGCAGUUAAGAGUACUCUGACCCGAGUAGUUAUGGCUGAUUACGUAAUGCCACUUCAUCUAUCAGAUAACGCAAGGGAUUUGAUAGAUAAGCUAUUGAAGAAAAAUCCGAAAGAAAGGAUACGCCUGCGGGAUAUUCAUAAGCAUGCCUUUAUAACGAGUAUAGAAAAGAGUAAACUACAUAAUGAAAGAAACAAUACGAGCAAAAAUCUAUUUACUGAUAUGGAUUCCGGGUUUGGUAGGACACUUUCAUCGUAUGGUCGACCAAAAAUGCGAUCCCGAUCGGAGGAAAGAAGGUCUACCAAUGAAAGAAUGUACCAGGAAAGAAUGUUAAUGAUGCGUAUGGUCAGUGUGCAAAGCGAUCCGUUAUCCGAGUCUAUUGCGAAAACGCAAUCAAAUCUUAAUCACAGAAUGAGAUACGCUGAUUACCGCCCGAAAGAUAAUUCUUUGAUUCCGAUACCACGUGAUAGAGCAUUUUCGCAAAACGAACAGUACGGCAAUUACAAUGCCUAUAACGAAUCCGAAAAACCAAGGUUGGUGGAAAGACACAAACCAAGGAAGGAAAACAUCGUGGAAAACCGUAGCACGGAAGGAACUGAAAAGAGCACAAAGUUACAAGUGUCGCCUUUAAAUUCCAAUAGGCUAGAACCUAAAAGACACAGAACGAAAAGUGCAAUACUCACCAUUCUGGAUAACGGAGAAGUGUGCAUUGAGUUUAUCAAGCGCAGAAAUGGCACGGAAAGGAUAAACGAAGUGUGUAGAAUAUCAGGUGACGGUUUGCGAAUCGUUCUUUACAAAUUGAACCCGACUGUGGAGAUUGGCUCGCAACCACCAUCAUUGCCUAAUCGGGGCGCCGAUAGUAUUUACUCGUAUGAAAAUUUACCGGCGUGUCAUCAUCGGAAAUAUAUGUAUGCCUUUCGUUUCGUGAAACUGGUUCAGGCAAAAACCCCAAAAUUAACACUGUACACUCCACGCUCGAAGUGCCUGUUUAUGGAAAAUGGUCCACAACCCGACUGUGAAGUGCAUUUUUAUAACGGCAUAAAGGUUGUCCGGACAGACGGUGUGGUGAAGAUUACCGAUAACAAUGGUGCCACGUUUGUCGAGGGUGCGUUCCCGUCGCAUCUCGAGACCUAUUACGAGUAUUAUUACUCGGAAUGUUAUCAGCGUUGUUUCUGCUUUCCUGUGAUAAUCGGACGACGGCCCAAUACAGUCUUGAGUGAUUCUGCCUACCUUCAGGGAAAAGAAAACAUCUCACAUGCUACAAAAUCCCCUGUUAUGCCGUCGUUCGACGCUAGUUGUUCCGUCACAUCAAUGGGGACUUCUAAGAAGGGGACUUCACGCAAUAUGAAUUCUAUACGUAAUUCUAAUCAUAAUACGAAGAUAGCUAUGCCAGGAAUCGGCUAUGCUACCAAAUUGUCAUCCGGAUAUAUUAGGAUCGACUAUAACGACGGAUCCGUCGUAAUUGUAAACAGUGACAUACCCAACAGUGACAUAAUACAUGAGAAUAGUGACGGCAUCGUUACACGAUAUAAUAGACAUCAUCAGCAAAACUUGGCGAUAUCGGUCAAAGAGAAGCUUCAACAAUUGCCGAUGAUUAUCGAGCGUUUUAUAGAACCGAUGUAUAAAGGCAUUCGGUAGCUCCGCUUGAAAGUGUAAAAUAUUAUGUAUAGUACAAGAAAUUAUCUUUACCUAUAGACUGUAAGCUUGCUUUAUAAAUUAGCAUAGAUUUAUAGAGUUUAUACAAAAUUAAUAAAGGCUUGAAACUGUGAUCAGGCUAGAUAUUGA